AUCUGGCAAGGAUGAAAAUAACGUGAACAAAUUCUACCAACUACGCUGUGCUUAUCGCCUCUGGCGGCGGCGAGUUCGCUCACGUCCCGGCGACCCCUCGCCGGUGGCCACGGGCCGUGACACUCCGGCAUGCCGCGCGCCCCACGCCGGCAGUCCGACGAGGCGCGCCGUGGCGCCUACAAGCCGCGCGUCGACUUCAGCCGCUCGCGCCGCCGCCGCGAGGACGGCCUCCUCGCCCUCCGCCGCCUCAACCGCGACACGGGACUCUUCAAGCGCCGCCGCGACGAGCCCGCUCCCGCCGUCCCUGCCUCCGAUCUGACUCCUACACGCGCCGAAGCAGCCCCAUUCGCAGGAAUCACCCGUCCGGCAUUCACUCCCUCCUCACCGCCCGACGUAGCGGCUCCCCGGGAUGCUGCUGAGUCAGAGCUUGAAGGCCUGUCAGAGCUGGUCGACAAACUAUGUUCAGAUGACACCACCAGUCAGCUCGAAGCCACAAUCCAGUUCAGGAAACUUCUUUCAGAUGAACUCAACUGUGAUAAAAAUCAUCCGAGCGGAUGUCCUGCCCAGAUUUGCCGAGUUUCUUUCAAGACAUGGGCUUCCCCAGCUCCAAAUGGAGGCAGCCUGGGUUCUUACCAACAUAGCUGCAUCUGAUUAUACACUGCUGGUUGCAGAAUGCGGUGCUGUUCCAAGGUUGGUGGAACUAUUAGGAUCACUAAAUGCAAACAUCAGGCAUCAGGCUAUCUGGUGUCUUGGGAAUAUAGCUGCAGACUUACCUAGCUGCAGAGGCAUUCUCUUCGAUCAUGGUGCUCUUACACCUUUACUUUCUCAAUUUAGAGAAGGCAUGAAGAUUCCAGUUCUGAGAACUGCUAUGUGGGCACUGUCAAAUCUUUGUUUUGGAAAAUUGCCAGCCGAAGUGCAAGUGAAACCAAUACUAGAAAUUAUCAGCCAGCUUAUUCACUCUGCUGACGAGAAGAUACUGGCAGAUGCAUGCUGGACUGUUUACUACAUAUGUGGCGAUAAAGGUGAUGCUGUCCAAGAUGUAUUAGAUGCUGGGGUCUGCCCUCAACUUGUAAAUCUUUUGAUGCAUGCAUCAGCUAAUGUUCUUCUCCCUGUCAUUAUGGCACUCGCAAGAAUUUCUGCGGGAGAUGAUAAGCAAGUUGAGGUCUUAAUAGAGAAUGACAUUCUCAAUUGCUUAGGACAGUUGGUAGCACGAAAUUACCCAAAGAACAUCAAGAAACAAGCGUGUCUAAUUGUUUCUAAUAUCGCUGCUGGUAGCAAGGAUCAGAUUCAGGCUGUAAUCGAUGCAGACAUUAUAACCUCUCUCAUUGUCUUGCUAAGAACGUCAGAGCCGGAUGUUAAAAAGGAGGCUGCUUGGGCUAUAUCAACUGCUGCGUCCGGUGGUUCAAGUGAUCAAAUUCAGUAUUUGGUCAGCCGGGGAUGUUUAGAGCCCCUCUGCAGCGUCCUCACCCACAACGAUCCUGACCUUGUAUACACGUGUCUUGAAGGUCUUGAGAACAUACUCCACGCAGGUGAGGCGGGGAAGAAGGGCGAGGAAUCAGGGACGAACCCAUACGCCGAGUUUAUUCUAGAGUGCGGAGGUCUGGAGAAACUGGAGGAUCUGCAGGACGUGGACAGCGACAGGAUCUACGAGCUAGCCAUGAAGCUGCUACAGAGCUACUGGGAGGAGGAAGUAAGCGAGAGUGAUGAUCCGAACAUCCCAGGUUCGAAUGACUCGUCAGAUACUGUGGAAGCAACGUCCGAAGAUGCUGCUGCUGCUGUGCAGCCACCACCAGUACCGCCGCCGCCGUCCGCCGCAGAUGAAGCCGAGUGAUGGUAGAUGUUGUAUUGUAGAUUGUAUUUCAGGAGAGGAAAGCCUGGUUCCUUUUCUUAGUGGCACUGGCAUAUUGUAUGAUACUUACUAUGAUCAGGUCGAUGUAGAGAGGAACGUGUGAAGGUGUGGUAGCCGUUAUGUGCAGAAUUUUCGCAUCACGUUUCUGUAGGCGACAUUGGAGCAUUUUGAAUGGAGGAUUUGGGCCAAGAGAAAAAGAGGUAUGGGGGUUA